AUGGCAGAGCUCAGCAUCCUCUUGCUCUGCGCCUGCUUGGCAGUGCUUGCCAUGCCCAUCUACCUCCUGUCCUUCCUGGGCAUCUGGGAGCAUUUCUGUGAGAAGUUUUUUUUCCCUUACAUCUUAGAGAAGAUUUGUGAAACUCACGAUAGGAAGUCAAAGCCCCACAAGCAGGAGCUGUUCCGUAACCUACCCAACUUCACAGGCGCUUCGGGGGAGCUGAGGCUGCUGGAGAUCGGCACUGGCCUGGGUGCUAACUUCCAGUUCUACCCCGCGGGCUGCAAGGUGACCUGCACGGACGUAAACCUCAACUUCCAGCGAGGCCUCCUGAGAAACAUGGGCAAGAACCAGCACCUCCACUACGAGCACUUCCUGGUAGCUGCAGGAGAGGACCUGCACCAGGUGCCCAGCAGCUCUCUGGAUGCAGUCAUCUGCACCUUUGUGCUCUGCACCGUGAGGAGUGUGGAUGAGACCCUGAAGGAAGUGCUGCGAGUGCUCAGACCAGGAGGAGCUUUCUAUUUCUUGGAGCACGUGGCUGCUGACCCUUCCAGCUGGAAGUAUUUUUGGCAGCAGGUCUGCUUUCCCACUUGGAAACUCAUCUUUUGUGGGUGCUGCCUCACGAGAGAGAUCUGGAAGAAUCUCGAGCAGGCCAAGUUCUCAGAGCUGAAGUUAAAACACAUCAGCAUAGCCCUGCCCUGGACCCCCAUCCAGCCCCACAUCGUUGGCUACGCUGUUAAGUAA